AACCAAAUGACAAAAUGAAUGACAAAAGUGGAAACAAAUGAUUUUGCAGACAGAGGAUAGGAUAGUUUGUUGAUUUUUAAAUCAAAUCAGAUAUCAAUAAUUAAUCAUUAACCCCAUUAUAAUUAUAUCUGAUAUCAAUUAAAUUUUUAAUAUGUCGACUUCAAGUGAUUCUGUUAAAAGCUUCUCCAGCUUAGAAACCCCUGGCUAUGUAGGUUUUGCCAAUCUACCAAACCAAGUACACAGAAAAUCAGUAAAGAAGGGUUUUGAAUUCACCCUCAUGGUAGUAGGAGAAGCGGGUUUAGGAAAAUCUACCUUAGUCAAUGCUCUCUUUUUAACAGAUCUCUAUCCUGAAAGAAUAAUUUCAGAUGCUACAGAAAAAAUGACUCAAACUGUUAAACUGGAACCAUCUACUGUUGAAAUUGAAGAAAGGGGUGUGAAAUUAAGAUUGACUGUUGUUGAUACUCCUGGAUAUGGAGAUGCGAUUGAUAACACAGAUUCUUUCUCAGAAAUUAUCAGAUAUAUUGACGAGCAAUUUGAACGUUUUCUUCGUGAUGAAUCUGGUUUAAAUAGAAAGAAUAUUGUUGAUAAUAGAGUCCACUGUUGUUUUUAUUUCAUUUCUCCAUUUGGCCAUGGAUUGAAACCAUUAGAUAUAGAAUUUAUGAAACAACUGCAUAACAAAGUCAAUAUUGUUCCUGUUAUUGCCAAAGCUGAUGUUUUAACUAAGAAAGAGAUGACAAGACUGAAGCAGAAAGUAUUAGAUGAAAUUAGAGAACACGGUAUUAGAAUAUACACUCUGCCUGAAUGUGAUUCUGAUGAAGAUGAAGAAUACAAGGAACAAGUUCGUCAAUUGAAAGAAGCAGUGCCAUUUGCUGUUUGUGGGGCAAACACAUUGCUAGAAGUCAGGGGACGUAAAGUAAGAGGUAGACUUUAUCCUUGGGGUGUUGUAGAGGUAGAAAACCCUGAACAUUGUGAUUUCAUAAAACUUAGAUCUAUGUUGAUUACACAUAUGCAAGAUUUACAAGAAUUGACUCAGCAGGUGCAUUAUGAGAACUAUAGAUCUGAGAGGUUAGCCAAAGGAGUACCACCUCCAAAAAGGAACACCUUAAUUGAAGACAAAACCAACACUAUUACAGAAAAAGAUAAAAUACUACAAGAAAAAGAAGCGGAACUUAAAAGAAUGCAAGAAAUGAUUGCAGCAAUGCAAGCUAAAAUGCAGAUGCAACAGUGAUAGUGCUACAACUUGGUAAUGUGAUUAGUUUAGCAAUGCUUAUCCAGAAAGCCUAAAGGUAUAGAUUUAUUCGCAAUGUACUUAGGAAUUACAUUCAUAUUAAGAAGAUCUGAAGAUACCGAAUCUCUGUUUACAUUUAUUAUUUUUAAUUUUAGGUUUAUUUGAAUUAUUCUUUAUACUAUGACUUUUUGAUGUCUUUAUAUCAUGAAAUGUUCUAAAUGUUUUUUGAGUGCAUUAAUUGAACUAGCCAUAUUUUUUAUGAAUAUAUAGGUGAAAUAUUUUUUAUAUGAUCAUGAAAUUGAGUAUAAAUAUAUUUGAAGUAUACUUUA